GGACCGUACCAUAGCGCUUAAAUAAAAUCAGAAGUUAAAAGUAACUGCUUCGUAGUUUCUAAUUAUUUUUCGUAUAUUGGAGUUAAUAUACGCCCUAAUAGCAUUUAGAUAAUCUUUCAAACACACGUAAAAUAUUCAUAUAGGCAAACAUUUUUGUUAAAUUUGGUUUGCUCCACAUCCGGUUGACCAACAACAUACUUGCACAUGUGUCGUCUUUUCCUAAAUCGUGGAGCUGAAUUUUAUCGUCUCUUAUGAUUAACACGUUGAGCUUCCACACUAAUUGACGCUUUUAAUAUCAUGGGUAAGAAGAAAGCAGGAGGGAGCAGUGGACUAGGUCGAGCGUUGAUCAAGGAGAGACUUCAGUCCGGUCGAGGCGGUAAAAGAGGAGACACCUGGCUACACACCAGUGAACUCAACGAUGGAUACGACUGGGGUCGGUUAAAUCUUCAGUCAGUGACGGAGCAAAGCUCCAUGGAUGACUUUUUGGCCACUGCAGAAUUAGCUGGAACUGAAUUUGUCGCAGAGAAGCUCAACAUCAGGUUUGUACCAGCGGAAGCAAGAGCAGGUUUGUUAACAUCCGAGGAGAAAAUCCGGCUGAAAAAGUUACAUGAAGAGAACAAGAAUUUCCUCAGAAUACCACGCAGGCCCCAGUGGGAUGAAAGCACCAGUCCAGAGGCUCUCCAGAUGGCAGAGAAAGAUAGCUUCCUGGAGUGGAGGCGGCAGCUUGCCCAGCUUGAAGAAGAGCAGAAACUAAUACUGACACCGUUUGAGAGGAAUCUGGAGUUCUGGAGACAACUGUGGCGAGUCAUUGAGAGGAGUGACGUGGUUGUUCAAAUCGUGGAUGCCAGAAAUCCUUCAUUGUUCAGAUGUCCUGACCUGGAGUUGUAUGUCAAAGAAGUGUCAGAGGACAAAGUGAACAUGCUGUUGGUGAACAAAGCUGACUUGUUGACCAGAGAGCAGAGGCGAGUUUGGGCCAAAUACUUUGAGAAAGAAGGAAUCAGGGCAGUUUUUUGGUCUGCAAUUGCGGAAGGCAACCGACUGGAUGCGGAGGAAAAGGGUGUGGAGGUGGAGGAUCCGGAGCAAGAGAGUGACCAAGAGAAUGAGAGAUGUCCAAACAAUGAAGAAAUGGAGCCGGAGGAGGAAGAAGAUGAUGAUGAAGAGGAGUAUGCAGACAGUGCUAAUGUGGAACACCAGAUCACGGUGGAGGAAGAGGACUGGCAAACAUGCUCUGAGGGGGAAGAAGAAGUGGACCCUGUUCAGUCUUGUAAAUCCUCCUUCCGAAAUUCCAGUCGUCUCCUACAUAAGGAUGAGCUUCUGACGAUGUUCAAGUCCGUUCACAAUGGACAGAAGUGUAAAGAUGGACAACUGACAGUCGGAUUGGUGGGGUAUCCAAAUGUGGGGAAAAGCUCCACCAUCAACACUAUUCUCAGGAAUAAAAAGGUGUCGGUGUCAGCCACGCCCGGACACACCAAGCACUUUCAGACUCUGUACGUGGAGCCAAGCCUGUGUCUCUGCGACUGUCCCGGUCUGGUCAUGCCGUCGUUUGUUUCCACCAAAGCCGAGAUGAUCUGCUGUGGAAUCCUGCCCAUUGACCAGAUGAGAGAUCACGUACCAGCUAUUACUCAAGUGUGUCAAACAAUCCCUCGACAUGUAUUUGAGGGCACAUAUGGCAUCAAUAUCAUCCGGCCACGAGAAGACGAGGACCCCGACCGGCCCCCGACCUCAGAGGAGCUACUGAUGGCAUACGGAUAUAUGAGAGGCUUCAUGACAUCGCACGGCCAACCCGAUCAGCCCAGAUCUGCUCGCUACAUCCUGAAAGAUUAUGUCAAUGGAAAGCUGCUGUACUGCCACCCACCUCCACACAUCAACGCUGAAGACUUCCAGCCACAGCACAGCAAGUUUCACAAGACAGACAUAGACAACACCGUUUUCUCUUCUGCAACAAACAGGACCAAAGUGAAGAGGAUAGAGAAUGUCGUUGAUAAGACGUUCUUCCACGCGGAAAAUGUGCGCGCGCUCUCCAAGGGAGUCCAGUCGGUCAUGGGCUACAAACCUGGGAGUGGGCCAGUUGGACUGGACAAGGCUGCAGCUGAGCCCACGGCGGGAAAACCCUGGAAAAAACACGGCAACAGAAAGAAGAAGGAGAAAGUGCGAAGGCUUAACAAGCAUCUGGACGCCUGAGAACUGUGUGACGCAUGAACGAAUCAUCUCGGCUGCAGGACAAGCUUAAAGUCGAAUUCACGUGUGACUCCAGAGCAGUUAAUUGUUGCUUGGUAGAUGUCAGGCCCCUUAAUCCUGAAGGGUCAGGCUGGCCUGAUACUUACCAGUGGAUAAUCUGGUGUGAGCAUCACAUUGCUGUGUUCCUUUCUACUGGGUCACACAGUGUACUGAUGGAGGUUUGAUAACCUCCUGAUGGGAAAUGGACUCAUGUGAUUCUGAGACUUUUAAGCUGGGUGUGAGUACAACAUUAAGAUUUCAAAAGCAUCAACAAUGAUCACUUAUUAAUGCCAUCACCUCACAUUCUGCCUUGACUCGAUGUGCUGUCAAAAUCCAUGAUCAAGUAUAACUACAGAUUCUUAUACAGAACUAUCCCCUUGCAAGUGGGUUGGAAGAAAGUCAGACAGAUAUUUGCUACAAUUCAGAAACACAUCUCAUGUCAGUAGUAGUCACUAUCCAUGGUAAACUUACUACCUGCUCUUCAGAGAUGUGGUUUUCAGUUUUUGAUUCUGUGACAUGUGCUUUUCAGACCUUUUUCAGUCACUUGUAACAUUGUAAUAUAACUGAUUAAAACUCUUGUCAGUCAC